GUCGACUCUAAUAUAUUAAUGGUAAGGUUGUCCACUGCUGAGUCACAAAUUGAGAAAGAACUCUUCAACAAAUCGAAAUAUGGGAAUUACUAUUUUUCGAAACCAAAAAACGUUCAAACGAGGUGCAACAAAUCACUUGCUAAUUUUACAGCCAAUAUGUUAGUAGACGAGACUCACAAACUCCUUUACUGUUUUGUGCCAAAGGUUGGCUGUACCACAUGGAAAAAAAUAUUUGCAAUUCUGACAAAUGAAAAACUCAGAAAUGAAACGAAGGGAAAUCCUGAAAAUAUCAAGUUAGACCCGCACAGCAUUCGUUUUAAAUCUAUGAAGGAUUAUAACAGUUCUCAACGGGAAAUCAUUCUUAAAUCAUAUUUUAAGUUCAUGUUUGUUAGGGAACCGUUUGAGAGAUUAGUUUCGGCUUAUAUUGAUAAGUUCUAUGUCCCGGAGCUGAACGGAUUCUGGGAGAGCUGGGGUAGAAGGAUCAUUAAGCGAUAUCGUGAGAAAGCGAGUGCUGUGUCAAAAGCAUGUGGGCAUGAUGUAACAUUUGAAGAGUUUCUCUCUCAUUCACUUUCCAAGGUUCAACAGGCAGACAUAAGUGGAGGAAACGAACAUUGGACGACGAUGCAUCAAAUUUGCAACCCAUGUGGCAUCAAGUACGACUAUAUUGGUCACGUGGAAACAAUGAGACGCGACACUGACGUCAUACUACACCAAGCAAAUGUCAGCCACUUAAUCGUUCAAGAUGAAGCAAGCGUCAGCAAUAUAAGACAGAAUCUUCACAUCAGUGAUGAGGCCUUGAUAAAAUCAGAAAAAUGUUUAGAACCCAGAGAUGCCGUAAAACGCAUCAUCAAUUCACUUAUUUACAAAGGUUUCUUACCUAAUAAUUUUUCGAUUGCGGAAUUUACAAGAAAUAGUAUGGGAAACAACAGCAACAUGACGAAUGAAGAAGUGGCCAAGUUAUUUAAUGCUAAAUUGGACGACAUCUUACCACGUAUAUGGGAAAAUAAAUUAAAAUCCUCCAAAUCAAUCAAAGAAUUAAACAGAGAACAUUCUCUCAUCAGGCUACAGAAAUCUAACAUUUCCGGACAAAUAAGUUCUCAAAUUAUAAAAAGAUUUUUGAAAUAUUUUUCACUCGAUUUUGAAGCAUUUGGAUAUGACACCAAGUUCUACUCAAACUACAUGACAAAAC